UGCAGACUGCAAUUGGGUUGUUGGUAACCUACCCACGCACAAAACUCAAACAUCUCCAGGCAUUAUAUUUUCCGGAAGUUGGCUUUGGCCUUUUACUUUGGUGCAGCGAACAAAAUCCACACAGCCCAGAGGCCUUCAUAGUUUCAGCAAUAGAAGGAAUCGGCAUUUCGAUUCCCAUUGUUUACUGCCUGAAGUUUUUGAGCAUGAAUUAGAUUUUGCAUUGCCCAGAAAGCUAGUUGAGUGUUACAGGAAAGGUAGACAUUAUGCACCAUCACUGGGAUUCUUUAUGAAUGAGGCUCUGAGCGGAUUCACCGGAUUGUAUGAUUUGACUGGUACAGGAAGGGUAGGGCUGAGAUUAGAUAGUUCGGAGAAUCAUGAACUUGAUAUUCUCUCCAGCAAGAUCAGUUUAUAGAUAUUUCAGCACUAAGGCAACCAGAAAGACCGCCCCCUAUUCUGCUCCUGCUCCAACAGCCAGUAUCAAGAACAAGGGUUUUGAUAAGGAAUCUUCUAAACCUAAGAGGACUAGGGUAAAAUGGACCCAGCGACAAUCACAAGUUCUGGAAGCCAUUUCAGAUGGGAAGUCAGUUUUUGUAACUGGGCCGGCAGGAACGGGUAAAACUGUGUUGGUCCGAACUAUCAUUAGAACACUCCGGAAGAUUCACGGGCGAUCUAGGGUUUAUGCGACAGCCUCUACGGGUGUUGCAGCCUGUGCACUUAACGGGUGCACGCUUCAUUCCUUUGCUGGCAUUGGGUUGGGUGAAGCCCCAGCUGAAGAAUUACUACGUAAGGUUAACUCCCACAAAAUCACACGUCUCCGAUGGAAAGAGGCUCGGGUACUGAUCAUUGAUGAAAUUAGCCUCAUAAGCGGAGAGGUCUUCGAUAAGCUCGAGUUCAUUGCACGCAAGAUACGGACUAAACCUGGUUAUGGUCAGGAGAAGGUUUGGGGUGGCAUUCAGCUAGUUGUGAGUGGAGAUUUCCAUCAAUUACCCCCCAUAUUUAACAAGAACGCAAAAAAAUUCGCCUUUGAAGCUUCUAGAUGGAAUAUGAGCUUUGAUAUGCAGAUUGAUCUCACUGAUGUUUUUAGGCAGUCGGACCCUCGCCUGAUAAAAGUUUUGCAGGGGUUAAGAAUGGGGACAUACGAUUCAGAUGACUUAAAACUUUUGGAAAGCCAUUGCUCAAAAUCUGAGUCUGACCCUUUAGCCGUAAAGCUCUUUCCAAGAGCUGAUGAUGUUUAUAAAAUUAACAGGAAGCAUUUAGAGAGCUUAAAUGAAGAUCUUAUUGGUUAUAGAGCUUUUGACAGUGGCGUAUGGAAAGAUUCCAUAAAGACAGGAAUAGCACCUGAUUAUAUUGAACUCUGUGUUGGCGCAAGGGUGAUGUUGAUUAAGAACUUAGACACUAAGCAUAAACUCGUAAAUGGUGCCACUGGUACUGUUGUGGGUUUUGAGUUGGUUAACGGUAUAGUAACAGCGCUCGGCACUAACAUGUUGCCUGUAGUGAGAUUUGAUUUUGGACGAGAACUUAUUAUUGGUCCAGAAACAUGGUCAAUGAUAGAUGGAAGUGAGAAGGUUGCCACAAGGAAACAGAUUCCCCUGAUACUGGCAUGGGCUAUUAGUGUCCAUAAAAGUCAAGGCAUGACUAUAAACAGCCUUUCUACGAAUCUUGACCGGUCUUUUGGGUAUGGAAUGGUAUAUGUGGCACUUUCGCGUGUGAAGAGCUUGGAAGGUCUUCAUUUGGCCAGUUUUGAUGCUAGAAAGAUCAAGGUGCACCCAAAAGUUUUGAACUUCUAUAACAGGUUGGUUAAUCAGCAGGAUCAAUCAAAAUGAUGAACUAUGCCACUAUGCUGGAACAAUUGUGGUGGUUCACUGGUUCCUCGCUCAAAUCUUAUGGAUUCUCUUGUAAUAUGUUGUGGUGAUGUGAAUGUAAUAUCUGUUAUGAAGGAAACAUGUGAUGGUUCUUCAUUUUUAUGCUGGUUUAGGCUCUUAAUUUCAUGGCUGUCUACGGUCUAUUUGUUAGCUUUUAUAGGUUAAAGUCGUUUAUAGUACAAACUCGGAUAUAUGCAAAAACAUGAAUAUUUAGAUACAUACUAUCCUCCAU